GUGGAGUGUGUGUGUAUCGUGACAAUCCGAAAAUGGCGGAUGAAAGCGAAUUGAUUUAACUUUAUCGUACAAAAAUAAGAAUAUCAAGUGAAGAACGACAAAAUUGCACAGGAUGAAUGUGCAGUCCAACGCGAAUUGUUAAGCCUAUUUUCACUCGACACUGUCGGCAGAAAGCGAAAGUAGAAGGCUAGAGCAUGGAAGAGAGUUCGCGUUAUAGCAAACGCCUGCGGACUGGCACACGGCGGCGCUACCAAGAUGACAGCAUUUCAGAUGAUGAAAUCGAAGGGAAGAGGUCCUUUGACGUUGACGAGAAACUCCAAAGUGAUCGAUACAACUCAGAUCUGGUCAAAAUUAUGGAUGGGAAAGACUUCACCUUGGAGUACAUCCAACGGGAGGGACUCCGGGACCCCAUUAUCUUCAAGAAAGCAGAUGGUCUUGGCAUAAAGAUGCCUGACCCAGACUUUAGUGUCAGUGAUGUGAAAUUGUUUGUGGGCAGUCGCAGGAUGGUUGAUGUGAUGGAUGUGACCACUCAAAAAGGCAUCGAGAUGUCAAUGGGACAGUGGAGGAGAUACUACGAGACGCCGCCUUCUGAACGUGAAAAGCUGUAUAAUGUGAUCAGCCUGGAGUUCAGUCACACAAAACUAGAGCAUCUAGUCAAGAGACCUACCUCGGUUGAUAUGAUUGACUGGGUGGACAACAUGUGGCCAAGGCAUCUUAAAGAAAGCCAGAGAGACUCCACCAAUGCCAUUAUAGACAUGCAGUACCCUAAAGUACAGAAGUAUUGUCUGAUGAGUGUCGAGGGAUGCUUCACAGAUUUCCACAUAGACUUUGGUGGCACAUCAGUCUGGUAUCAUAUCCUCAGGGGAAGGAAGGUUGAUAUGAUUGACUGGGUGGACAACAUGUGGCCAAGGCAUCUUAAAGAAAGCCAGAGAGACUCCACCAAUGCCAUUAUAGACAUGCAGUACCCUAAAGUACAGAAGUAUUGUCUGAUGAGUGUCGAGGGAUGCUUCACAGAUUUCCACAUAGACUUUGGUGGCACAUCAGUCUGGUAUCAUAUCCUCAGGGGAAGGAAGGUUGAUAUGAUUGACUGGGUGGACAACAUGUGGCCAAGGCAUCUUAAAGAAAGCCAGAGAGACUCCACCAAUGCCAUUAUAGACAUGCAGUACCCUAAAGUACAGAAGUAUUGUCUGAUGAGUGUCGAGGGAUGCUUCACAGAUUUCCACAUAGACUUUGGUGGCACAUCAGUCUGGUGCCCGGUGAGGGUAUUAUUAAUAAGGACCUUCCCAGUUGUUGGGAAUGUCCAAAAUGUGUCCAGGCCAAAAACAAAGAGGUAUGCUUUCGGCAGCUGUCUUCCACGCGCUCCCGGUUCAGCCCCCGUGUUGCCGCCGGUACCUCGACCCGUGAAGCCGUCUUCCUCCAUCUCAGCUCUGAGACGCAGGCGCGUGCGCUGCAAGCGCUGCGAGGCCUGUCUGCGCACUGAGUGCGGCGACUGCAACUACUGUAGGGACAUGAGGAAGUUUGGAGGACCAGGCAGACUCAAGAAGAGCUGUGUUCUCCGUCAGUGUCUUGCACCGGCGCUACCUCAUACUGCAGUAUGUGCCAUAUGUAAGGAAGGCUAUCAAGAGUCUGAAGACUCAGAAUCCGUCCAAACGCUCAUGGAAUGCUCCGAAUGCGCUCAGAUCACUCAUCCAGAAUGUAUACAGGUGCCCGGUGAGGGUAUUAUUAAUAAGGACCUUCCCAGUUGUUGGGAAUGUCCAAAAUGUGUCCAGGCCAAAAACUAUGUAAGGAAGGCUAUCAAGAGUCUGAAGACUCAGAAUCCGUCCAAACGCUCAUGGAAUGCUCCGAAUGCGCUCAGAUCACUCAUCCAGAAUGUAUACAGGUGCCCGAUUGCACGUAAACAAAUCACUCGCUCUUUCGUCAUCACCACACACUCUGACCAGAAGCGCAUCCAAACACUCGCACAUGGUGCGGAGUCUGAGAUCAAACUUGAAAGAUUCCCCUCACCGACUGCCUCGAGAGAGAAUUGUGAAAAAGACUCGAUCGGAAAAGACGAAGUCUUCCGACUCUUGUCCCAGUUCCACCUUGCGGCCCUCAGUGGAGCAGAACGGAGGGAACGAGCCAGGCUGGGAGAGAGACCUCAGAGACGAGGGGGUAAAGCCGGUGAAGAUGAGAAUGGAGACGGUCAUCGAAACGGAGAGAGCGAGGAGAGCAGUGAGGGAGGAGAGGCCACUCCAUCUGAUACUUCUGUGGUGCAAAGUGAUGAAGUCAGAGGCCAGGGGUCCUGCGUCACGGUGACGUUACAGCCGUCGAGGGGUAGGCGUGACCCUAGCGCCAUUGUUCCCAAACUGGAAGCCAACUUGUCUUCUAGAAGCCUUCCUCAAAACCACAAAGCCCUGCUCCGUCCCCCACUGCGAAAUGGCGCCCCUCGUACAGAUGGUCCUCAUUCCCCUGCGGACAGAUUGUACAUAAACAAAUCACUCGCUCUUUCGUCAUCACCACACACUCUGACCAGAAGCGCAUCCAAACACUCGCACAUGGUGCGGAGUCUGAGAUCAAACUUGAAAGAUUCCCCUCACCGACUGCCUCGAGAGAGAAUUGUGAAAAAGACUCGAUCGGAAAAGACGAAGUCUUCCGACUCUUGUCCCAGUUCCACCUUGCGGCCCUCAGUGGAGCAGAACGGAGGGAACGAGCCAGGCUGGGAGAGAGAGGUUUGGGUGUCCGUGUUCCGCUACUUGACUCGUGCAGAGCUGUGCGUUUGCAUGGCUGUUUGCAAGAGUUGGUACAAAUGGGGCUGUGACAAGCGUUUAUGGACGCGAAUCAGUCUGAGCCGCUGCCGCUCUAUAAGUCCACAGGCCCUCACGGGCAUCAUCAAACGGCAGCCUGUCACACUGGACCUCUCCUGGGCCAAAAUCUCCAAGAAGCAGCUCAGCUGGCUCAUCAACCGCCUGCCAGGCCUUAAAGAUCUGGUGCUAUCAGGGUGCAAUUGGGCGUCAGUCUCUGCACUGAGCUCUCCAAGCUGUCCUUUACUGCGCUCUUUAGACCUGAGCUGGGCCGAUGGUGUCAAAGAUGCACAAAUCAGGGAGCUGCUGAACCCACCAGGCAGUGAUAACCGUUCCCAGAUGAAGAACAUGCAGUGCUUGUGGCUGUGUGGUCUGGAGGUGACCGAAGCCACGCUGAGGCUGAUCAUCAGACACAUGCCUCUGCUCACUCGUCUGGAGCUCUCGCAUUGUCCCAUCACAGAUGGUGCUCUCAACCUCCUCAGCGCCGUGGGCUCCUCCACACGCAACACACUCACACACCUCAACUUAGCAGGUUGCAGCCGCCUGACAGACCGUUGUCUGGUGUAUCUGCGGCGUUUGUCCUGUCUCUCCGUACUGGACCUGGGCGGCUGCAAAGGGGUCUCGCGGCAAGCGUGCGAAAGCUUUAUCUCCGAGCUGUCUGUCAAUGCCCUCUACUGCCUAUCAGAUGACAAGCUCAUCCAGAGGAUAUCUUAAAACCCGCCUUCCUCGGGGAGAGAGAGACUUUGUGAAUAUUUGUUUGACUGAGAAGGACUGCAGAGUCCGAAUGUGUGUGAGUGAUGGCUUCUGUAGGUCUGUAGGGAGGCUCUCUGACAGAGGACCGGGUUUCAUGUAUAGCAGCUUAGGAGGGAGGGGCUCAAAGCAUCCAGGGUGGGGCUUAUGUAUAAAUAGGUCUGGGUGAUGAGUAUUCUUUUGUAGUUAACUAUUUCCCUUUUUUCUGUGUUCACACAAACACUGCAAUUGGCAAUCAGAUCGGUUCUCAGGCCUGUCAUGCCAUGGGCUCUUCUAUUAAAGAGAUCAACAGGUGCUAUUCCUUUACAGUUUGAUUUCUAUUUCAGAGCAGCUUUCUGUCUGCCCUUAAAAACCUUCGCUUCUACUGUUGUCUGAUACUCUAAUCCAUUGUCCAGAUCCCAUCAUCUAGACGCAGAUUCAUUUAUCCUCAGUAGUGUGGAGGUUUUGCAUUGCAUUUCUUUUUUUCCCCCCACUCAUCCCCUUACUUUAAAUGUCAUUUUACUUGAGGAAUACCUUUUUGUUCUUAAUUCCUCUCCCUCCUUAAUACCUGAGAGUAUAGAGAUAUAUAAAUAAACACCCUUGUGUAAAUGUAUUCCUCUCCUGUAGUAGAAGUUUUUCCACUUUUUUUCUUU